AUGCGCCCGCGUCAAGGAGUGCGGAAGCCUGGAAAGAGGAACACAAAGUCAAAGGAGACAGAUGGAGCCUCGAAGGGGAAAGAGAAGACGGUGGAGAAAAAGAAGGCGCAGGGGACGCAGGAAGUGGAGAGGGAGCUGGAGGAGCUGGAGGAGCUGGAGGAGCUGGAGGAGCUGGAGGAGCAGUGGGAGCAGUGGGAGCAGGAAGAGCAGGAGGAGCAGUGGGAUCAAGGAACGGAGGGGGAGCAGGGGGAGCAGGGAGCUCAGGGGUUGCCAAGGAGGGAUGAUAGGGCGGGCACGCAGCAGCAAAGCCUGAGCCUGGUCCCUGAGUUGUUGAACGAAGAUGACAUCUGGAAGGCCACGGAACUCAGUGAAGCAUUUAACGAAUCACUGGAAUUUCGUCCCCGCCUAAUUAGCGUGGUCAGCCCCAGCCUGAGCAGUACGCCCCCGCCCAGCAAGGUGUCCAGCCCCUCUUGGAGCGAAGAGGAGCCGCUGCAGCGCAGCCGCAGCCGCAGCCGCAGCCGCAGCCGCAGCGAGGGAUCGCCUUCUGCUUCCAGCAGCGCCUCAACCCACAAAAGCUAUCCCAAAAUCUUUCAAACAUUUAAGAAAGACUUGUCUGAAGUGACUGUUGAUAGAAAUUUGUACCCAAGUUUGUAUGAAAGAGUUCAGAUAUCAGUACAAACAGAGGAUGAAAGUUGGCUUCAACGCAUCUCUGCUAGAAAGCAAAUACAAAGAAUACCAUCCAUUGAGAUAACGGAAGCACCCCCUGAGAGUCCAGCUUCUAAGUUAAGAGGAAACUGGGUAAUUAAUCCUGAAGAGCCCAAGCUAAGCAUCUUAUGUGAGAUGGAGUUUAAUGAAGACUUUGUAAAUUUGUUUGAAACUUCUCUAAGGACAUUACCGAGCAUUGGGCCACCGGCUAUUCUGUCGUAUAGAAAAGACUACUCCUAUGUGGACGUUAGCUUUAAGGAUGAACGUGAGCUGGAAGCCACGUGUGAAUUUUGUGGAAGUGAUCUACAGUCAUCGUUUUUUAAUAUGGAUACUUCUUCUGAUGACACUCAAACCAAACGAAGAACAUAUAGGAGCUGCUGUCUUCAGUUUCAAAAUCUUCUUGAUUAUAUUAAAGAGGAAUUGCUAACCAUCAAAACCCCUGACAUGGAAUUGAUCAGUAUCUCGCCUCACGCAGCACAUGGCAGUGAAAGUGACAGGCUCAAGGCGAAGGAAAAGGCUAUGCAGAGAAAACAAGAGCGGCAGAUGGCCAGGCAUUUUGCGAUAAUAUCACAUGAGCAGAGCCCCACAGGAACAGAUGAUGGUAAGGCUUUUGUCAUGGAUGCCCUGCAUCAUCAGAAAGCUCACUCUCAGAAUUCUACCACCCAGAGGAAAGCUGGUAACAUUUUAAAAUUCACCUUCCCUUGCUCUGCCUUCCCUUCUUGACUUAACUUUACCUCUGAACAGUCUGUGCAUAUGGACCCGAUUAACACCAAGAUAAGAUGCUUAGUGUGCUUUGGUUUUGAUGCUAGUGUGAAUGGGAUGAUUUUCUUAACAUCAUUUUCAAAAUUACUCUAUCCAUCUGGAAACCUAGCCAUUAUCCGAGUGCCCAACAAGACAGACGGUUUUAUUUGUAUAAUCCAAGAGGACACGCCCACCAGUCCUGCUAUCCUGGCAUUGUUUGAUUCCUCUGGCAGAAGCUCCUGCUAUCACCCCAAUGGAAAUGUCUGGGUAUACAUCAACAUCUUGGGAGGCCAAUACUCAGAUCAAGCUGGCAACAGGAUACGAACUUGGAACUGGUCAAGUACCAUGCCUUCCUCAUCCUUUGUCUCAUUUAAGCCUGUCUUUCUGGCUUUGAAUCAUUACAUUGGAAUUCGAAUCCUAGAACAAGACAGGGUCUCCAUUAAUUUUCUAGCUAUGGGCCAACAGGCAACAAUCAGCGUUGGAACCAAAGUAAUGAUCCACGAUCCAGAAGAGGUUCCAGCCCUGAGGUUCCUGAGUGGUGACGACCUUCUGCUGUUUGCCAACUUAAUAAAGAUCCGGCGGCUGUUCAAUAAGCUGGAAGGAUGCAUGAAUUUCCCCACAAGUCAGGCUUGGGAAAAAUUAAAGCAACCUUCCUACCUUUCUUCACUCUCUUUAAAACUACUUGCCCUCUGCCAUAAUUCUGGCAUAGAGCAAAAUAUAAUGGAAACAAUUACAGAUCUAAUAAAAGAAGAAGAGUAA